UUCCAACACAUUUCAGCAACCACAUGUGGCGAGGAGGACAAGCAGCAGACGCAGCAUGCCCGAAUACAUCUCCGUCGAAGGCCUUCGUGAGGAUGGCCGCCGCGCGAAUGAGCUGAGGCGAGUGGAGGCCAACGUGGGCAUGUUCCCGCACGCAGAUGGUUCCGCGUACUUCCAACAGGGUGACACCAAGGUCGUGGCCAUUGUCAAUGGACCCAAGCAGGGUGUGGGAAAAGCCGGCGAUGCAGGAAAAGUGGUGUGCGACUUUGAGAUGGCAGCCUUCAGCACAACACAGAGAAGAAAACCGCUUCGUCUCGACAGGAAAAAUGCGGAGCUUGGGUCAAAGAUUGCCAGCACAUUCGAGUCCGCCAUCAUGACAGACCUGUACCCAAGAUCACAAAUUGAGAUUUCCGUCCAAGUGUUACAAGCAGAUGGCGGUGUUCUCGCUGUUGCCAUCAAUGCCGUGACGCUCGCCCUCAUGGACGCCGGCGUCGCAAUGACCGACUUUGUGUGUGCGUGUACAGCGAGCGUCAUCGACGGCACCAACGUCCUCGACAUCAACCACUAUGAGGCGUCUGCGCAGGGCCCCGAGCUCACGAUUGCCGUCCUGCCGUCGUCAUCAACCAUCGUCAUGGCCGAGAUGAAAUCGCGGGUGCACGGUGACCUGUAUGCGGGGCUGCAGGAUCUCGCCAUUGUUGGCGGCACGACGCUGCUGCCGCUGCUCAAGAAGGCCGUGCACGACCGCACACGCGCCAUGCUCCCCUGCCUCGGGCCUGCCGCAUGACGCGCGGGGGCUGUUGUGUGCUGUGUGUGUGUUUGUGUGUUUGUGCUUCUUCGUUUUUGUGUGUGUUUGUGUGCGUUUUCACUCUAUCUCUCUCUGUUUCUGUACGUGCUUGAGCAUCUUCGUGUGCAUCGCUCUCGAUUCACAUUCCAACUCGUGUAAACAGUCAACCCGA